CGGCCGGAUAGCGGCGGGGCGCGGGCGAUGUGGGGAGGCCCGGGCGGCCGCGGGGUCGGGGGCGGAGCCAAUGACCCCGAGGGCACCGCCCCGUCACGCCGCCGGAGCCGUCGGCCGAGCACCGAGCCCCGAGUCCAGGGAAGUUGCGGCACCCGCGACUCCGAGGACGCGACGAUGCAGGGCCGGGCGGACGCGGGCGAGGCCGAUGAAGAGGCGGGGGCUGGCUCGGGGUCGGAGGCCGAGGAGGACGCGCUGUGGGAGCGGAUCGAGGGCGUCCGCCACCGGCUGACGCGCGCCCUGAACCCGGCCAAGCUCACGCCAUAUCUGCGCCAGUGCCGCGUCCUGGACGAGCAGGACGAGGAGGAGGUGCUCAGCACAUACCGUUUCCCGUGCCGUGCCAACCGCACCGGGCGCCUCAUAGACAUCUUGCGCUGCCGUGGCAAGAGGGGCUUCGAAGCCUUCCUGGAAGCCCUGGAAUUCUAUUACCCAGAACACUUCACGCUGCUCACUGGUCAGGAACCUGCCCAACGCUGCUCUAUGAUCCUUGAUGAGGAGGGGCCUGAGGGCCUGACCCAGUUCUUGAUGACUGAGGUUCGGAGGCUUCGGGAAGCCCGAAAGAGCCAGCUACAGCGAGAGCAGCAGCUCCAGGCCCGGGGCCGGGCACUGGAAGAAGAGCGGGCAGGGCUGGAGCAGCGGCUGCGGGAGCAGCAACAGGCACAGGAACGCUGCCAGCGACUGCGGGAGGACUGGGAGGCCGGCAGCCUGGAGCUGCUGCGGCUCAAGGACGAGAACUACAUGAUUGCCAUGCGCCUGGCUCAACUCAGCGAGGAGAAGAACUCAGCUGUGCUGCGCAGCCGGGACCUGCAGCUCGCGGUGGAUCAACUCAAGCUCAAAGUCAGCCGGCUGGAGGAAGAGUGUGCGCUGCUGCGGAGAGCUCGGGGGCCACUGCCUGGGGCUGAAGACAAGGAGAGGGAGCCAGAUGGUGCCGAGCUGCUCUCGGAGCUCCGCGCAGAGAACCAGCGGCUGACGGCGUCACUGCAGGAGCUCCAGGAAGGCCUUCAGCAGGAGGUGUGCCGGCAAGGGCCUGCAGGCUCUGAGCGCAUCCUGCUGGACAUCCUGGAGCAUGACUGGAGGGAGGCGCAGGACAGCAGGCAGGAGCUGUGUCAGAAGCUGCAUGCAGUGCAAGGCGAGCUACAGUGGGCGGAGGAACUGCGGGACAAGUACCUGCAAGAGAUGGAGGAUCUGCGGCUCAAACACCGAACGCUGCUGAAGGACUGUGACCUCUAUAAGCACCGCAUGGCCACUGUGCUGGCCCAGCUGGAGGAGAUUGAGAAGGAGCGGGACCAGGCAAUCCAGAGCCGAGACCGGAUCCAGCUGCAGUACUCCCAGAGCCUCAUUGAGAAGGAUCAGUACCGCAAACAGGUGCGUGGACUUGAGGCGGAGCGGGAUGAGCUACUCACCACAGUCACCAGCCUGGAGGGGGCCAAGGCAAUGCUGGAGGCGCAGCUGCAGCGGACGCAGGGAGGCUCCUCUCUUAAGGCCUGUGCCUCUUCCCAUUCCCUGUGCUCCAACCUCAGCAGUACCUGGAGCCUCAGUGAGUUUCCAUCCCCGCCGGGAGGCCCCGAAGCUGCAGGAGAAGCCGGGGGAUCUGAGGCCCAUACCUCGUUGCAGGAGGAAGCCACAGACAGCGAGAAGGAGAUCAACCGACUCUCCAUCCUGCCCUUUCCACCCAGUGCCGGCUCCAUUCUCCGCAGGCAGCGCGAAGAGGACCCAGAGCCCCCUAAGAGGUCUUUUAGCAGCAUGUCAGAUAUCACAGGGAGUGUGACCCUUAAGCCCUGGUCCCCCGGCCUCUCUUCAUCCUCCUCCUCUGACAGUGUGUGGCCUUUGGGAAAGCCAGAAGGCCUCCUGGCCCGGGGCUGUGGCCUGGACCUCCUCAAUAGGUCUCUGGCCAUCCGAGUCUCCGGUUGGAGUCCUUCUGGGGGCCCGGAGGCCCAGGAUAAGAGUCCAGAGAGCCUGCCAGUCCUUGGGGACAGAUGGUCGGGGGCCGUGGUGCGAAGGGUGCUGUCGGGACCUGGUUCAGCCAGGACAGAACAGAAAGAGCCAAGGGCAGAAGGCACCGGCCUGGAGGGGGCAGGCCUGGAAGCUGGGGCCCAGCAGAGGACCUUGCCCUGGAACCAGGGCUCUACACUCCCCUUCCUGCUGGACUCAAAGGCCUGUCAGUCCUUCCAUGAGGCCCUGGAUGCCUGGGCAAAGGGACCGGGUGCAGAGCCCUUCUACAUUCGAGCCAAUUUCUCCCUGCCCGAGCGGCCAGACCCCCACGCCCUUUGUGUGAAAGCCCAAGAGAUCCUGCGGCUGGUGGACCCCGCAUACAAGCGGAGUCAGGAAUGGUUCUGCACUCGGGUUGACCCCCUCACCUUACGGGACCUGGACCGGGGCACUGUGCCCAAUUAUCAGAGGGCGCAGCAGCUUCUAGAAGGCCAGGAAAAAUGCCUACUCUCCAACAGGCACCGAAGUCCUCGAAGCAACCUGAAGAAACGAGCCCUGGGGCUGGUGAGGCCCAAGCCUGCAGGGGGCGCUGCAGGGGACUCGCCCGAACAGCUAUCGGCAGAGCCCUGCUCAGAGCUAGAGCGAAGCCUUAAACCCUACAGUCUGGUGCGGCCACUAUUGGUGUCUGCCCUGCGGCCUGUGGUGCUCCUGCCUGAGUGCCUGGCACCCCGACUCAUCCGCAACCUGCUGGAUCUGCCCAGCUCCAGGCUAGAUUUCCAAGUGUGCCCUGCAGCAGAAAGUUUCUCUGGAGAGGAACAGUGCGCAUCCUCAGCUCCCGGAGCCCCCAAGGCCUGGCCUGCCACCCCCGGGCUGGGCAGCAGGAUCCGUGCCAUCCAGGAGUCUGUUGGGAAGAAGCACUGUCUGUUGGAGCUGGGCGCACGGGGCGUGCGGGAGUUGGUGCAGAGCGAGGUCUACCCCAUCGUCAUUCAUGUGGAGGUGACUGAAAAGAAUGUCCGUGAGAUCAGGGGCCUGCUGGGCCGUCCAGGCUGGCGGGAUUCGGAGCUGCUUCGUCAGUGCCGGGGCUCAGAACAGUGGCUCUGGGGACUGCCAUGUUCCUGGGUGCAGGUGCCUGCUCAUGCAUGGGGCCAUGCAGAAGAGCUGGCCAAGGUGGUGCGUGGCCGCAUCUUGCAGGAACAGGCUCGCCUUGUGUGGGUGGAGCGAGGCAGCAGCCGAGGGGGCAGUGGCAGCAGCAGUGAGGCCUGAGGACCAUCCCAUGGCCAGGACUCUUCCAGACCUCUUCCAUCCGAUGCCUGGGACUCCUCCACCCAGUGCCUGGACACUCCCCAUUCAUGCCUGGUUUCACCUGUGCUAGAGAGACCGCUGGUGGAUGUGACGCUGUGUCUGCAGUGGAGUCAGACUUACCAGUUGGGGCCUUCCUUGUCCCGUGGACGCUCCAGCGUGGGACAUCGGUCCUGGACUCUGACCAGAGUCAGCCACUGGUUUUGUACAGGCUGUGGGGGCCCACAGGGCAGACCUUGCACCUGCCCCUGACUUGCUGCUCUGUCUCCUCACUGGCUCCCAUAUCCCUGUGUUUACCCCAAGGUUUCCGUUUGUGGGCCUUACGUGUGUGCCUGGGCCCUCUCCUUACACACGCACCCUGGAAUAGAGUUCUCACACCGUGGUCCAACUUUGCACACUAAUGGCCUCAUGGAUCUCCGAUUCUGUCCCUCCUCCUGGGUGCCCAAGGCCCCCGGGGUCCUCAGCCUGCUCUGCCACCGUCACGUGGCCGCCACAGUCCACAUCAGUUUUCGUGUGUACUGUCAUGAGAUACUAUGGCUGCCCUGGUCCGCUCGAACCCUUAUGUCUCUUUGUGUCAUCUCUCCUUGUGUGUAAACGUCACACCGUCCCCGUGACACAGGGCACUAACAAAUGUGUGUUCUGCGCAACACACCAGGAUAUGUUCUCUUGGCCGGCUUCCCGUUCCCCACCUGCCUCUAGGAGGCCAGGGUGGAGGUGCUGCUAGGCCGGCCACCCGAAUGUCCGGCUUGUGGGUGACUCCCAGGCCCGUUCCCUCAAGCUGCAUAUAGUGAGUCAUUAAAG